AUGCCUCCUAAAGGUCCUUUCCGGUUGGUGACGGUCAACACGGCGCCUGAGCGGGCAAAGAGGCUCAUUGGAAGGAUGACCGAGGCCCUCCGCGAUGAGUACACGAUAGAUUAUGUCGCCAAUUGCGGGACAACACAAGGCAUUGCCGAAGUAGAGGGCAAGGUCAAGGAGUUCAAGCCAGACGUCCUCUUCUCAGCAUCCAUGUGGUCGGCCGAGGAAGCUGCCGAGAUACAGAAGAUUGCGAGAGAGAUCGUGCCCGAGAUUAAGACACACGCCAUUCCUCAGGGCUUGCAGGUGGAGAGGGGACCGGAUGCCAUUGUUGAGCAUUUGCUGGAGGAGGUGUCAAAAUUGCUAGGCUGA